AUGCUUAAGACUCUGGAUAUUGUGGGGCUGUCGUGGCUGGCGCGCCAAUAUUGCAUGGACCUCGGGAACGAAAACAAUUCUUCCAUGGAUAAUAAACCAUGUCCCCAGGAGGCUGCAAUCAAAUUUGGUUCCACUGUACUUCCCAUAUUCAUCUCCACUGUGGUCCUCCUCAGUCUCAUUGGUAACAUCCUGGUUCUGGUGAUCCUUGGACUCUACGAGAACCUCAAAUCACUGACCAACAUCUUCAUCCUCAACUUGGCUCUGUCUGACCUGAUCUUCACGCUUGGACUUACAAUUUGGGCCUGUUAUCUCAUUUGGAGCUGGACGGUUGGUGGUUUUAUUUGUAAAGGUAUUAGCUUUGUCUUCUCUGCUGGAUUUUAUAGCAGCAUUGUGUUCCUGACACUGAUGUCCAUUGAAUGCUAUGUAGCAGUGGUCCAUCCUCUGUCAGACUGGAACAGGUGUCAGAGUUUUCCCGUGAUUCCCAUUAUUGCUUGGGUGGUGAGCUUUUCGGCAGCUUUGCCAGACUUAGUUAUAAGCAAAGCCUCACCUGACCCAACAGACCCUAAUAAAUAUGACUGUGAUUAUACCAGCAUUACAGCUGCUCUUGGUGUUAUAUAUGAGCAGAACAUUUUUUUGGUUGUUGCCUUUUCUGUCAUGAGCUUCUGCUUCAUAAGAAUUCUUCUGACCAUCAUCAAGGCCCAAACAAAGAAGAAACACAGGACUGUAAGACUCAUCUUCUGCAUGGUGGUGGUGUCCUUUGAGAGCUGGGCUCCUUAUAACAUUGUGGUAUUUCUGCAGACCUUAGCUUAUUAUCCGAUUGACCCCUUGACACAAUGUGGUGUCUCCGAUCAUCUUGACUAUGCAUUUCAUCUCUGCAGAUUACUCGCUGUUUCCCACUGCUGUGUUAAUCCAGUGAUUUACAUUUUUGCUAGUAAAAAAGCAAGGAAUCAUUUGAAGGCGCUUCUACAGAAGAUAUUCCUACAGCAAACGAAUACAGAAUUCCAUCAGGCAGAAAUUCACUCUUACAGUUCAAUGUGA